CUUUUUAUGUAUUGGGUUUCUUUCAGGUGACAAAGGAAAAUCCAAGACCACAGAAUCAACCACCAGUGAACCAGCCCUGUCUGAGGGAGUCUUCCACCAGGAACAACUAACACAAGGAGUUCCAGAGGUGGGCCGAACUAAGGAUCGGGAUGGGUCAUUGCAAAUGCAAAUGCAAGAAGGACACUUGAGACCAGAGGUAGACCCCCAGAAGGAGAAGCUCCCUGGAAAAUCAAGCUCUGAACAUGGCAACAUAGGGACAGCUAAUAAUGUAUAUUCAGGGAUUGUACAGGAGCCUGUCCCUCGGGGAGGUGCUGUCCAUGACCGUGACUCGUGUGGGUCACAUAAAGAUCCUGUGAUUCAGGAAGAAGAAAAUAUCUUUAAAUGCAAUGAAUGUGGGAAAGUUUUUAAUAAGAAACGCCUCCUUGCUCGACAUGAAAGGAUUCACUCUGGAGUGAAGCCCUACGAAUGUACCGAGUGUGGGAAAACAUUUAGUAAAAGCACUUAUCUCCUUCAACACCACAUGGUCCACACAGGGGAGAAGCCCUAUAAGUGCAUGGAGUGUGGGAAGGCCUUCAACCGUAAGUCACACCUUACCCAGCACCAGCGGAUCCACAGUGGAGAGAAGCCUUACAAGUGCAACGAAUGUGGGAAGGCCUUCACCCACCGCUCCACUUUUGUCUUGCAUAACAGGAGCCACACUGGAGAAAAGCCCUUUGUGUGCAAAGAAUGUGGGAAAGCCUUCCGUGAUAGGCCAGGUUUCAUCCGUCACUAUAUCAUCCACAGUGGCGAGAAUCCCUACGAAUGCUUCGAGUGUGGCAAGGUCUUCAAACACAGGUCCUACCUCAUGUGGCACCAGCAGACUCACACUGGGGAGAAGCCCUAUGAGUGCAGUGAGUGUGGGAAAGCCUUCUGUGAGAGUGCGGCCCUCAUUCACCACUACGUCAUCCACACUGGGGAGAAGCCCUUUGAGUGCCUGGAGUGC